CGGCCCGGCACUAAACUCCAUCCUUCAAACAUGGGACAAGCAGAGGCAAAACCCGAACCCGGUCUGCUGUCAAGAGGACGGCUCCGGAAAAGGAUAAAAGAGCACAUUCGAGGUAAGAGUGCUGGAAGGAGUGGGGCACUGCAGCUUGUUCUAGUCGGCCCAAAAGGCUCUGGGAAGAGUUCAGCAGGAAACAGCAUCCUGGGUAAAAAGGCAUUUAAAACGGGAACUGCCACACUUACCUGCCAGACCGAGAAAUGUGAGAUAGGGUCCCGUGCUUUGACACUAGUGGACACACCUGGCCUGACCGGCAAAGAAACCUCCGACCUGGAGGUGAUGAGGAUCAUCAGGAAAGCAUGUCAAGAUCUCCUAGAAUUGCCAGUCGUAUUCCUGUUGGUGCUGCCUUUAGAGUGGAACAUGAAAAAGUCAGAGGACAGUCAACACAUGCUCAGACAUGCACUUGGCAAAGUUUCAGUGGACCAUUUGAUGGUCCUUGUCACCCACACAGAUCAGGUCGAGCAGGAUGGGUCAGAGGAGGAAAGCAUCCUACGGAAAGGAGGACCUUUGCAGUUUACCGUGAGUCAAUGCAGCGGAUGGUUCCACCUGUUCAGCAUGGCCAAGAGCGAUGGUACCCAAGUCUUAGAGCUGGUGGACAAACUUGACAAGAUGAUGCAGGAGGGCAAGAAAACCCAAGAGCUUGAUGCCAGUUCAGAAGAACAAAUUGCAGAAUCCCCAAAAGCAUCAGACCAACUCAAGGGUACAAACCAAGAAGGUCAGGCAAAGAAGAAAACGCCAAGGCCAGAUCCUCACUCACUUGAGGAAGAUAAAAGAAUGGGUAGAGAGAGAACAGGAGGGAUUUACUCAGUCAGAAAGAACCUACAACAACUGGAAGAUCAGAUGAAGAGUAAGAGAGAGGAGGAAGAGGAGCUGAUGAGGAGCCGAAAUUUAGAGUACAAAGCGCAGCUGCAGAAAAUAAGAGAGGAAAUAGUAACUUUAAAGGCAUGAUUAUUAGGCAUUGAUAUCUUUCAAUCAUAUCAUUCAAUCAAAGUCUGAGAACAGGACCAAGAAAUGCUCAUGUCAGCUGGAUCUAUACAGUGGUACGCAAAGGUUUGAACAGGCCCAGGCAAAUGACACUGUUUGUUGAUUUUCCAAGUGAAAAUAAGUUAACGCAUGCUUUACAGGGAACACACUGCGAUACGAAUUUUUCUGCUAAU